AUGGCUAUUGCACUGGCUGAAGUUGACAAGUAUGAUGUGUUGGAACGGAUAGGAUGUGGUUCAUUUGGGGUCAUUCGCAAAGUUAGACGCAAGUCUGAUGGCUAUAUCCUUUGUCGCAAAGAAAUCAACUAUGUCAAAAUGUCGCAAAAGGAGCGCGAACAGCUCACGACGGAGUUCAAUAUCCUCAGUUCUCUUCGACACCCCAACAUCGUCGCAUACUACCACAGAGAGCACCUGAAAGCUUCCCAGGAUCUUUAUCUCUACAUGGAGUACUGUGGUGGUGGAGAUCUUGGAAUGGUGAUCAAGAACUUGAAGGCGACGGGUAAAUAUGCAGAAGAGGAGUGUCACUACGGCGUGGACCCACCAGAAGCAGGAUCCAAUGUUCUGGGGCCACCACCCAAUAAUAAGCCUUCGGGAUUGAAAGGAAAACAGGCCCAAAUGAUGAUUCUACAUCGUGAUCUAAAACCGGAAAAUAUUUUCCUCGGGGAGGAUCAGUCUGUCAAGUUGGGUGAUUUUGGGCUAUCGAAGCAGAUGGGAUCUCACGAUUUCGCUUCAACCUACGUUGGAACUCCCUUUUACAUGUCUCCAGAGAUCUGUGCCGCGGAAAAGUAUACGCUCUACUCUGAUAUCUGGGCGGUCGGCUGCAUCAUGUAUGAACUGUGCCAGAAAGAGCCUCCUUUCAACGCCCGGACUCAUAUCCAACUUAUCCAAAAAAUUCGCGAGGGAAAAUAUGCUCCUUUACCAAACAUGUAUUCUUCUGAGCUCAAAAGUGUGAUUGCGAGUUGCCUAAGAGUUAACCCAGACAACCGGCCUGACACUGCUUCAUUGCUGAACAUGCCAGUUAUUCGCCUCAUGCGGAAGGAGAAAGAAGUCGUGGACUUGGGUAUUUCAUUGCGCAAGCGGGAGGAAGCCGUGUCGCAGCGGUUGAAGGAGCUCGAACUCAGCUACGCACGUCUCGAGAAGGAGAAAGCAGCUAUGAAAAUUGACAUCGAGAGCAAGGUUCGCCGCGAGUGGGAAGUGAAGGCAAGGCUCGAGAUUGAUCGGCAGGUUCACAUGGAGCUCGAGAGGCUUCGGAAGCGAUUUGAUACGGAAGUCCAAGAAAGAAUUGCUACAGAGAUGCAGAAACGCAGAAAGAGUGCAUCACCGUCGACCAUUGAUGAAGGCGAAACUACUUCGUCAGCGGAGCACUCUUGCCAGUCAUCUAUUGGAACCGGGACUGCAGACGACGAUUUCCCUUCCUCCACUGAUCUGAGUGAAAUCUCUCUUGAAUCCCCAACACCUGAAAGUAGUAAACCGUUAAGGAAAGCCACUCGUACACCAUUCAGCCGCUCGAAAACCACUUUUGAAUCUCCCAAUGAUAUCCAAAUGGCCGAACCAUCUCCUAUGUCAAUUGCUUCCUUAUCCCUUUCCCCACGCCGCACUGCUGGAAAUGGCUACUCCAAAAAUAUUUUUGCCGAGGGCGCAAGGUCCAAUCCCAAAUGGGAUCCAAGCCUAGCAUAUAACUCGGAUGACGAAGAUGAUAUUCCCGAUGUGCCUUCUCCCACACGACCCAGAGUUAGGCCUGAUCCUAUAAAGGCCCCUGUGAGACCCUUGCUCCGGCAAAAUACAACUGCCAUGAUGCAAAAAUUAAGCACGCAACCUAGCCUAUUUCCCUCCAGGGGUUCAGGCCUGCCCCAUCUCGCGGCUGCAGCAUCACACAAUGAUCUUAGAAAUGCAGCUUCGGAGGCAAAAGUAAAAUCACCCCGUCGCCUCAUGAAGAUCUCAUCUUCCGCAAAUCUCGCUGGAGAGGGAGGAUCUCCCCGCAGGGCAGGGACCAAACCACCCACCUUCAAAGGAAACGCAGGCGGUGAGGAAAUGUUCAAAGCUGUUCUGCAGCGGAACAUGGGUGGUCGGACACUUGUCGAGCUUGCUCAAGCCAGGGCAGGUGGCAGGCCAGUCGAAGACACGGAGCGGAAUCCUGGAGAGUCCAGGAUUCCGACAACGGGGCUUUCUCCCCAUACACGUGUCGUUGACAGCAUGAGAACAGUCGAAAGAGAGCCCCCAGCAACCUGGGAUCCGGAACGAGACGAGAUGCCCAGUCCAUUUUUGGCCAGGGGAACCAAGGUCAUUCGAAACCUUAGAUAG